UUCUCUCGAUCCACCUGUUCAGCAGCACAUACAUGGACUCUCACAGGAUCAGCUGAUCUCAGAACAGCAGCGAGUGCAACUCAUCAUGGCAGAGAGUCCUCCAGAGCGCAGCCCGGGGGUGUUGAGCCGCAUCGGGAGCUGGCUGUCAUGGGGUUGGGGCAGUCCGGCAGCCACUGCAGAAGAGCCCGAAACACAACACCAGGAGGAGGACCUGAGUGAAACCACCCACCAGACAGCUCAGACUGCUGAACCUGCAGACCGAAGCCCUUCCCCAAACCGGAAUGACAGGCAUCUGAGAUCUGCACGUGGCUCUGUGCAGCACAUAAAGACAAGUCAAAACACAGAACUGGGGCGCGCUGCGAAAAAAAAGAGACGCAGCAAAUCAUCCGAGAGCCACAAGACCAGCACAUCACCCCGAGAUCUAAUGGGACGGAGGAGGUCAGGAAGGAGGAGGCGGAGCUCUCAUGGAGAAAAGGGCGGGGCUGAGAAUAAAUCCACCAAUAGGAAAGAUGCAACAACCGGUUUGACAGGUAGCGCUCAGACGGUAUGGGCUGACUCGGUUUUUGGGGAGGAGGAAAAAUCAGUUCAGGACUCACCUGGAGCAGGCCCGGAUAUGGAUGAGGAGGGGGUGGUGCGUCUGACGGAGAGCCCAGAGUCCAAACGCAGGAGCAUCAAAGUGUCCCACAGCCAGAAGGUCUUUCCUAAAAAAGUGGUUCUGGAUCCAGAAACACAACAUCAGGAUGUGUUUAAUAAAGAAACAGCCAGCGGAGGCUCCAGAUGGGCCAGACUUGACGAAAGAGCCAGAGUGGACGGCCCCAGUGUCAAGUCCAGCCAUCCUAAAGGCAAAAUCGCAGACAAGAUCAAUCUGUUUGAGCGAGGAGCAACCAAUGCAGUUAGUAGCUCCACAAACCUGCGCCGUCUGGAUAUUUCUCCAGCUCGAAAAAUGCCCAGUCAUCUCAAAGACUUUACAGUACAAGCUGGAGGACGGUCCAGUUCUGCACCUCCCAAACAAUCGGUUAAAGAGAGAGCGAGGAAUUUCAACACAGGAGGGACAGAUGAGAAGAUUCCACUGCCAUCUGGUCAUACAUUGAAUGAAGGAGCUUUAAAAAAGGCUGCUCAUUUCAACAAAUCAACCACUGGAGGUCCGAAGUUUAAAUCUAAACCUCAUUUAAACAUUGAUCAAACAGACUCCAAAUCCCAUGAUGCAACACAAACCAAACUUGCACAGCCAGAGAGCAAAACGGACUUAAAAUUUGGGAAUAAAGAUGCAGAUAAAGAAAGUUGUUCUCAGGAGACUGUUUUAAUGUCUACUGAUGAGGUGAAAUUGACAACUCGGACAGGGACGCGAUCUAAAAAGCGAAGAAAUAAAGAUAUGGGUCAACCUCAAAGCCCCACUAGCCAAAACAAACAAGACACCGGUGAACAGAAUAACAAGAACAGCACUGAGUCUGAUAUGGCAUCAAAACCUCUUUCAAAAACGAAAGAUCUCACUAAGAGCACUUCUGCAAAAGAGGAGGAGGAGAUCGCAAGCAAAAGACCUAAAGUUCCUUCGAAGUUAGAGAAAGAGGCGGUGGUGACCACUGCUUCUAAUGGACAGCCUCCUACAUCCAGAUCCCAAAGUGAAAGAAGGACAGUAGUGAUGGACAUUGAGCCAAAAACUGAAAAGCAACAAAAUAAUGGCAACAAAAAACAGCCUGUUGAAGAGAGCUCAGAAGAGGGGGGACUGAGGAACAGAGACAUGAUUGUAAACACAUUGUUUGGAGAAUCAGGGAAAUCAGAUCCAUCUGGGACAAAAGAGAAGAAACCAUUAUCCCCAGAGGACCUGAAAGAGGCCAGCGCUAAAGACUUCUUUGAGCCUGCCAAAUGCAGAGUUGCAGCCUCAUGGAAUGAUGCCAUGCGGAGCAGAGAGAGUGAGACUGAUAUGUUGGACUUACCUGAGAAAGACACCAUUAUGUGUAUGCCUAAAGGCAAAAACACUUCUGAAAAUCACCCACAAUCAGACAAGUCACAAACACCAUCGGUAUCAAAGGAUGCUUUGAUUGAGCCAAGCAAUGAAAAACAGCAAAAAAACAAUGAGACAGAAUCAACUGCGACUCACAAACACUGUAAUGAGGUCAAUACGUCAAAGCCAACCGAGCAGAAAGCAGACGGUGGGAUCAAAUCAAAGACAACCAAACAAGCUAAAUCAAAGGACUCCUCAGCUGUGAGGCCCAAUGACGCCAGGCAGGAAGACACAACAAUCGUGGAAAUUCUGAAUACAGAAACAAUCUCUUCUAAUGCAUUGUUGGAUCAGAUUAAAAAAGAAAAACACACUUCUACAUGUAGGGCACUGGCAAAAACCCCACAUUUAUCAAAAACCACUUAUCAAAACCAAACGGACAGCAUAAUUUCAGCUCAGAUUACACCUACAGAAAGAGAAGGUGUGGUAGAGAUCCAAUCCGGAAUCAAGGAUGUGCAGAAGACAUCCAGUAGAAGAGAUUUACAAAAGCAAAAAGAAAAGCCUAACACUGAAUUUGAAGGGGGAGCCGAAAACAAAACUAAGAACAAACCUGCUUGUACAGAAAAGACAUUCAUAGUGAAUGGAGAUAUGCACUCCAUAAAGACAGAAGAUCAGUUGUCUGCCAGUCUAGAACAAGGAAAUAUACCUUGUUCUAGCAAUGAAAAUGCUGUAAUGCCACCCAAUAUUGGGAAUCUGUCAUCAACAGCCAAUGAAGUAUCCACCAAGCAGAUCACUGAAAAGUGUACCUCUAAUUCAGCCUUGUCAUCAAUUAACAACAAUACACCAAUUCCAUCAGAUUCAGCUAAUAUAAAGACUCCUCCUCUUGGAACAACAUCAACUAUUGACAAAACCACACUAAAAAAAUCUACACCUAUUGACGAGAACAGGUCGCCACAAGCCUCAACCAAUGAGACCAUCUCCACUUCAUCUUCUUUGACUAAUGAAAAUACUAUCCCUCCACCAGCGGACAUAAACAAACCUUCACAAGCCUCAGCUAAUGAAAAGAACAAAAUUCCAUUAGAAACCACUAACAAAAACACAUCUAGUGAAAAGACCACAUCCUUACCUGUCUCAGCUAAUGAGAUUUCCUCCACUUACCCUGCCCCGAGUAAUGAAAACACUCAAUCAACAUCGUCAACUGAGACCGUCACUUCUUCAGUAGGCUCCACUGGUGUCAAGAGCAAACUAAAUUCAGCUAAUGAGAAGACUACAUCAUCACAAGCUUUAACUAAUGAACAGGCCACGCCUCCACCAACCUCCACUACAGAAAAUACUACACAUCCACCAACUAUAACUAUUAAAGAGACUACACCUUUACCAGCUUUAACUAAUGAAAAGAGCACACCUCCACCAGCUUUGACUAAUGAAAAGACUAUACCUCCACAAGCCUUAACUAAUCAACAGGCCACACCUCCACAAGUGUCGACUAACGAAAAGACCGCACAUCUACCAGUCUCGACUAAUGAAAAGACCACACAUCCAGCAGUCUCAAAUAAUGAAAAGACUGCUCCUCCACCAGCUUCAACCAAUGAAAAGACCACACCUCCACCAGCUUCAACCAAUGAAAAGGCCACACCUCCACCAGCUUCAACCAAUGAAAAGACCUCACCUCCACCAGCUUCAACCAAUGAAAAGACCACACCUCCACCAGUCUCAACUAAUGAAAAGGCCACACCUCCACCAGUCUCGACCAAUAAAAAGACCACACGUCCACCAGUCUCAAAUAAUGAAAAGACUGCUUCUCCACCAGCUUCAACCAAUAAAAAGGCCACACCUCCACCAGUCUCAACUAAUGAAAAGACCACACCUCCACCAGUCUCAACUAAUGAAAAGACCACACCUCCCUCAGUGUCAAAUAAUGAAAUCACCACACCUCCACCAGCCUCAACUAAUGAAAAGACAGCACCUCCACCAGCCUCAACUAAUGAAACGACCACACCUCCACCAGCCUCAACAAAUGAAAAGACCACACCUCCACCAGUCUCAACUAAUGAAAAGACCACACCUCCACCAGUCUCGACCAAUAAAAAGACCACAUGUCCACCAGUCUCAAAUAAUGAAAAGACUGCUUCUCCACCAGCUUCAACCAAUGAAAAGGCCACACCUCCACCAGUCUCAACUAAUGAAAAGACCACACCUCCACCAGUCUCAACUAAUGAAAAGACCACACCUCCCUCAGUGUCAGAUAAUGAAAUCAUCACACCUCCACCAGCCUCAACUAAUGAAAAGACAGCACCUCCACCAGUCUCAACAAAUGAAAAGACAGCACCUCCACCAGCCUCAACUAAUGAAACGACCACACCUCCACCAGCCUCAACAAAUGAAAAGACCACACCUCCACCAGUCUCAACUAAUGAAAACACCACACCUCCACCAGCCUCAACUAAUGAAAAGACCACAUCUCCACCAGCCUCAACUAAUGAAAAGACCCCACCUCCACCAGUCUCAACAAAUGAAAAGACCACACCUCCACCAGUCUCAACAAAUAAAAAGACCACACCUCCACCAGUCUCAACUAAUGAAAAGACCACACCUCCACCAGUCUCAACUAAUGAAAAGAACACACCUCCACCAGUCUCAACUAAUGAAAAGACCACACCUCCACCAGUCUCAAAAAAUGAAAAGACCACACCUCCACCAGUCUCAACAAAUGAAAAGACCACACCUCCACCAGUCUCAACUAAUGAAAAGACCACACCUCCACCAGUCUCAACAAAUGAAAAGACCACACCUCCACCAGCCUCAACAAAUGAAAAGACCACACCUCCACCAGUCUCAACUAAUGAAAAGACCACACCUCCACCAGUCUCAACUAAUGAAAAGACCACACCUCCACCAGCCUCAACUAAUGAAAAGACAGCACCUCCACCAGCCUCAACUAAUAAAAAGACAGCACCUCCACCAGCCUCAACUAAUGAAAAGACAGCACCUCCACCAACCUCAACAAAUGAAAAGACCGCACCUCCACCAGCCUCAACAAAUGAAAAGACCACACCUCCACCAGCCUCAACAAAUGAAAAGACCACACCUCCACCAGUCUCAACUAAUGAAAAGACCACACCUCCACCAGUCUCAACUAAUGAAAAGACCACACCUCCACCAGCCUCAACUAAUGAAAAGACAGCACCUCCACCAGCCUCAACUAAUGAAAAGACAGCACCUCCACCAGCCUCAACUAAUGAAAAGACAGCACCUCCACCAACCUCAACAAAUGAAAAGACCGCACCUCCACCAGCCUCAACAAAUAAAAAGACCACACCUCCACCAGCCUCAACUAGUGAAAAGACAGCACCUCCACCAGCCUCAACUAAUGAAAAGACAGCACCUCCACCUGUCUCAACUAAUGAAAAGACCACACCUCCACCAGCCUUAACUAAUGAAAACACCACACCUCCACUAUCUUCAACUAAUGAAAAGACCACAGCUCCACCAGCCUUAACUAAUGAAAACACCACACCUCCACUAUCUUCAACUAAUGAAAAGACCACACCUCCACCAGCUUCAACUAAUAAAAAGACCACACCUCCACCAGUCUCAACUAAUGAAAACACCACACCUCCACCUGUCUUAACUAAUGAAAAGACCACACCUCCACUAUCUUCAACUAAUGAAAAGACCAAAUCUCCACCAGCUUUAACCAAUGAAAAGAUCACACCUCCACCAGCCUCGACUAAUAAAAAGUCAGCACCUCCACCAGCUUCAACUAAUGAAAAGACCACACCUCUUCAAGAUUCAACUAAUGAAAAGACUACACCUUUACAAGUUGUAAUUAAGGAAAAGGCCACACCUCCAUCAGCUUCAACCAAAGAAAAGACCACGCCUUCACCAGUCUCAACCAAUGAAAAUACCACGCCUCUACCAUCCUCAACUAAUGAAAACACUCCACCUCCCCCAGCCUCAACCAAUGAAAAGACGGCAUCUCUCCUAGCCUCAACCAGUAAAAAGAGCACACCUGCACCAACUUCAACCAUUGAAAAGACCAUCUCGCCCCCAGCUUCAACUAAUGAAAAGACAUCGCCUUCUCUAUCAUCAACCACUGAGUCUAACUCCACAUUAUUAGAUACGAGUCAUGAAAAGACUACACCUCUAUCAAUCUUAACUAAUGAAACAACUUCUUUAGACAUAGCUAGUGGGAAUACAACUAAAGUAGAAACUAAAGUUGAAGAGACCAAAUCUUCACCUACACCAGUCAAUGAAAAACCCACCCCUGGAAAAACCUCGGCUAAAGAAAAUGCUGCACCUACACCAGCAACCAAUCCACCGUUCUCCAAUGAUAUGACUAAUAACAAUGAAAAGACCAUUCCACUACCAGCAUCAUCAUCAAUUCCACUGGCCUCUACUGAAAUGGAGAAUAUAGCUCCACUUUCUUUGUCCAAAGAAAAAACCCUCUCGUUAGCAGAUUAUGACAAUGAGAAGAUCCCACCAUCAGUACCCUCAGUCGCUGAAAAGACCAUACCUUUUCAAUCCUUAGACAAAGAUAAGAUCUCCCAUACAUUGGCUUCAGGUAGUGAGAAAUCCCAAUCUCCUGCCAGUAAAUCUACAGAUCCAGCCACAAGAAAAAAGGAAUUCAUCUCUAAACCCUUUAUCCUUCCUCAAAUUCCCUUUGCACCUGGCAGCUCCUCUGUACACAGAGACUCUCCAUCUAGCUGGCUUGAUGUGGAUCACCAACGUCCUUUAAGGAAGAAACAGUUACUUCCUGAACCAAAACAUAAACUCAGCUCAUCUGUGAGUGAGACCAAGCUGGAUACAUCAGGGGAAUUUGACUCAGAUGACUUUAUUGCAAAUGUGAAAAGGCUAGCAAUGCCAUUCAGCCUCCCCCAACGCAAGCACAACCAACAUCGCUUGCAAGCCCCUCCAUUUGCAAUGCCUGCCAUCAGAGAAGACCACUUUGAGAAACCCUUCGACCCAGAGGAGUUCCAGCAUGGCUUGAAGAGAAGAAGGGGAUUCAUUUUGGAUAUGGCUCCUGACUCAGUAACCAAGAGCCCAGACACAGAGGUCAAGAACGUGGAAAUCAAACCUAAGCGUGAGAGCAUUCUCACAAGGUCCUUGAUCUUCCAAAGGAAUAGGAAGGAGUCUGAUAAGGAAGAGGAAGAAAAAGAUGAGGGAUCAAAUGAAAUCACAACAGAACCCCAGACUAGGUCUCGUUUGGAGAGGUGCUCCAUUGUCAGCAUGCUACGCAGCCCCAGCAAAGCAAGACGCACUGAGUUUUUAAGCCCUGCUGAGAGUGCUUCAAAUAGACUGUUGUCCCCAAGUGAUACUUCAGGGUCUUCAACACCUAUACAAUCACAGCUUACACCAACAACAGAAACACAUGAACAAAAUGCAGUAGAGCAAGCCCUUGGUUGCAAGGACUACCUCAGUACUCAGCCUGCUUCUCAUGAUUUUCUAAAAUCCAGUAAGGAUGUUGUGGUUAAAGCAACUUCAAGAGAUCCAUCAGCAAUUGCAAUAACAGACAUAAACACUUUUCCAGCUCCCAGUGGUACCCAUGCUACUUCCCAAGUUGCUCUAAAAUCUACUAACAAUGACAGACUUCUGAAAAUGCCUGACUCUAAAACCAGUUUAGCAGACUCUCCGGUCACUAUUUUAACAGACACUAAUGCUAGUUGUAACCAGUCUGGUCCCCAAGCUGUACAAAAACCCACUAAAGGUGAUACACCUGCAAUGUCACCAGGCUCCAAAAUGACUUCAGGAGACACCAAACUCACUGUAUUAGCAGAUAGGAAUGAUUCUUCUUCUCCUAGUGUUACCCAUCCUGAUUCCCAGGUUGUAUUGGAACCAACUAAGAGUGAUGGACAUUUGCAAAUGCCUGAAUCUAAAAAACUCAAUAAAGAUAAUACACCUGCCUUGAUGCCUGCCCCCAAAACAACUUCAGGAGACACUAAAGAUUCUUUGCUUUCUAGUUCUCAGUCUGCACUGAAAGUUACUAAGGAUUAUGGACCUACACUGACACCUGAGUUGAAAAGAGCAGACCCUCCUGUCACAAUACUAACAGACACUAAUUCACCACUUCUUAACGGUAUCCAGACUAGUAGUAAUGUUGUUCUGCAACCCGAUAGUCCAACUCUGAUUCUUGAACAGAAAACAACACCAGCAGUCCCCAGUGUGACUACAGCAGAAAACGCUAAUGCUCCACCACCACUUCCAUCUUUUGAGGACAUCAAGUUGCCAAGUUAUCUGGAUAAAUUUCUUCCAAAGGAACCAGGAAAAGAUCUGCCAUCAAAUAAGAUCGACUCACUGGCAGCUCAAGAAAGUGCUUCCAUACCCGGUCUAGUGGAUCUCAAAAAGUCUGAUAUAGCUGACAGGAAAAUAUCAGAAGUUCCACCUGCACCUCAAGUUCCUCAAAUCUCUCAAGCUGAACCACAGAGGGAACUCCCAAAUAUUCCAACUUCUCGUGGACUCCAUCGACGUCCUGGAAAGAUUGUGAUAUAUGAGCACCAUCAGUUCAACGGGCAGUCCUUUGAGUUCUACAGGGACCAGCCUGAUGCUACACACAUGCAUCUGUCCACUGUCAUAUCCAUUAAAGUGGUUAGAGGAUGCUGGAUAUUGUAUGAGAAACCAGGAUUUGAGGGACGAUCUAUUCCUCUGGAAGAGGAAGGCGUUAUUGAACUGCCCAAUCAAUGGGCAGAAGAAGGGGAAGAAGUCUCUGCCCCUGUGGUAAUUGGCUCGAUUCGACUGGCUGUCAGAGACUACGCUACUCCCCGGAUAGAGCUGUUCACGGAGCCCGCUGGCCGGGGCCACAGCUCUGAGUUUGUGGAUCAUGCAGAAGAAGUGAGCAGCUUCGGCCGUCCUCAGAGCACCGGAUCUAUCAAAGUCCACAGUGGUCUGUGGCUGGUUUACAGUGAUCCGGGUUUCCAGGGUCUGCUGGCGGUUCUGGAGGCUGGAGAAUAUCCGUUUCCAGAGGAUUGGGGCUUCCCAGCUCCAGCUGUGGGCUCGCUGAGGCCUCUGCGCAUGGGCUGUCUGAAGGUGGAGAAGCCGAACACAGUGAAGGCUGUUUUGUAUGAGAAGUCUGGUUUUAAGGGCCGAUGUGUGGAGGUGCAGCGAGACGUGUUUUCCUGCACAGAAACAGACACGAAUAAUGCAGAAAAUCACGGAUUAAAUGGUGUGGAAUCACUGAAGAUCCUCGGAGGCCUGUGGGUGGGAUACGAGCACGAGGGUUUCGACGGACAGCAGUUCAUUCUGGAGGAAGGAGAAUAUUUAGACUGGAGCGACUGGUGCGGGACGAGCCAGAAACUGCUCUCGCUGCGGCCGCUGCUCAUGGAUUCCUCUCCUCCUCGUGUGAAGAUGUUUAGUGAGCUGGAUUUCUCAGAGCGUGGCGUCAGUAUCGACCUCCUGGAGCCGCUGGAAAACUUCGCUAACACACACUACGGCACUCAGACCCGCUCCAUCGAGGUCCUGGCCGGAGUUUGGCUGGCGUUCGAGGCUCCAGGUUUCUCGGGUCAGCAGUAUGUGCUGGAGAAGGGUCUGUACGGAGCGCCGGAGGACUGGGGUGCAUCAGACAGCCGCAUCUGCUCUGUGAUCCCAGUGAUGGUGGAGCAUGUGGAGAGCUGCUGCCACUUCCAGAUGGAGCUGUUCUCUGAGUGUGAUUGCAGAGGAGCGUCUGUGCUGCUGGAGGACUCAUUACCCAUAAUGCCCCAGGGCUUCAGUGCGCGCUCCUGCAGGGUCCUGUCUGGCAGCUGGCAGGUGUUUGCUGCUCAGAGUUUCUCAGGCGUUCAGUGUGUUCUGGAUGAAGGUGUGUAUCCGGAUCUGAGGACGAUGGGCUUCACGCAGCUCAACACAGCAGUGCAGUCUGUACAGCCAACCGGACACGAGUUUUCAGUGCCCUCAGUGGCUCUGUUCGAGCGCUGUGGACUCAGAGGCCGCCGGACGCUCCUGAAGUGCAGCUCCGUCAAUCUGCAGCUCACCGACAGCUGCACCAGGGUCUGCUCUGUACUGGUGGAGGGCGGCAUGUGGGUUCUGUAUGAGGCCAACAACUUCAGAGGGUCCCAGAUCCUGCUGAAGCCCGGCGCCAUUCCUGAUUGGCACAAAUUCUCCUCUUGGCAGCGAAUUGGAUCACUCCGACCACUUAUACAGAAACAAAUGUAUUUCCGCCUACGAAACAAAGAGUCUGGGCUUCUGAUGUCGGUCACCGGCUCACCUGAAGACGUCAAACUGAUGCGCAUACAGGUGACGGAGGAGGCGGGUGGAGACCACCAGAUCUGGACCUAUCAGGACGGACACCUGCAGUGCAAGUGUGUGCCCGAGUGUGUUGUGGACUCGGCCUCUGCUGUUCUUCUGUCUGGAUGUCGAGUGGUUUUGUCUUCAGAAGUCUCUCGCUCUCAGCAGCAGCUCUGGAACAUCACGAGCGACGGCUUCAUCCGCAACAGCAGCUCACCUCAGCUCGUGCUGGAGGUCAAAGGAGGUCAACAAUUCGACAAAAAACAGAUUAUUAUUAAUGAAUUCCACCCAAACAAACCGAGUCAGAGAUGGUCUGUGGAGAUCCUGUGAGCAGAUUCACUUCAUGCAGCUCCGUCAGGGGACCCACUGCUCUGUGACAGAGCUGCACCAGGGGGACCAGUGUCCUGUGGGGCAGCUGCACCAGAGGGACCACCAUCUGCAUCUUAUUAUGGAAACCUCAUUCCCAGGAGAACCAGUGGAUUCAGUAUGAUCACAGUUAGCUGGACAUGGUGUUAUUUUUAUAUAUGAACUAUCUAUAUCCAAGCUGCCUCUCGAAAGCACAUAUAUGAACAGUGCUGCAUGUAAAUUGUUUUAAUGUACUUGUAUGGAUGCCUGUAUAAAACACAGCCUGCGUGUUUAUAUGUAAAUGUUUGCUUUGUUAAUUAACUGCAGCUUCAUUCUGAUCA